AUGCAGUUUUCUACCGUCUUCGCCAUCUUCGCCGCCACCAUGGUCGCCGCCGCACCCACCUCUCCCAUCGACUCAACUCUUGAGGCCAGAAAGGACCCCGGUGCCAUUGCCGCCUGCGAGACGCAGGUAGCUGCUGACCAAGUCUCUUGCAUAGACAAGUGCAACAAGGACGCCGCUUGCAUCACUGCUUGCUCAACCGACGCCGCGAAGAAGUACACUGCUUGUGCCACGAAUUAGAAUUAGAGAGCCUUCCUUCGAAUGGAUGAGUGUACGAUACAAGAGCGGGAGCGAU